UAGGUACUGUUACUAUAUUCAAGAUUAACCUCGUUACAACGUGAUUCCAUCUUCUGUCUAGCUAUACUUAUUAAAUUACACGAAAUAAUGGAUUUGGACGAAGAGGAGCGCAUAUCUCCAAAAACCAAGUUGCCCGAGUUGUUUAAAUUAGUGGACAAAAAUCAGAAGAAGUUUAUUGAAAUUUUGAAAGAAGCAGUAUCAAUAGCUUCGAUUUCCAACUGUGUUGCACAUCGCGAAGAUGUUAUAAAAAUGUUGAAAUUCUGUACUGACGAACUGGAAAGCUUGGGUGCCGUGGUAGAUGUGGUAGAUGGCAAUGAUGAGUCUAGCAAACAUUUACCACCAGUUCUGUUUGCCAAUUUGUUCGUGAAAGAGGAGCACAAGACAAUUUGCGUUUACGGAAAUAUCGACGUCCCAUCGCCAGACAAAACAGAAAACAAUGAGAAACAUUCUCCUUUCGCAUUAACCGAGAAGGGCGGUCGACUCUACGGCUGCGGUAUUUCCGAUAACAAAGCACCCUUGCUCUGCUGGUUAAACGCACUGAAGCUGUACAAAUCGUCGAAAAUGGAAAUCCCGGUGAAUGUGAAAUUCGUGAUCGAAGCAACCUCGAAAAUGCACAGCGCGAGUCUUAAGAACGCUAUGCGAAAUAAAGGCGAAUUCUUUGGUAACGUGGAGUUCAUUUGCCUGACGGUGGACAAGAAAGUCGAAGGGCCGUGCUUGAAGUACGCUUACAGAGGCCUAUGCGGCUUCUCUUUGUCGGUGAGCUGCGGAGAGAAAAGGGUUCACAGCGGCACUUACGGAGGCGCUUUCAAUCAGCCACUCGUCGACGCCGUCAACGUCGUCGGCUCGCUUCUUGAUAAGCGAGGCAAAAUUCUCGUGCCUCAAUUCAUGAAAGACGUGAGAGAAAUGACAUCGGAGGACGAGAAGCGAUGCGAAAUGGAAUUGUGCACCUUCGCGACAUUGAAGCAUCAAGCCGGUGUAACACUGAGUCACAAAGAGAUACCGUCGCGAGUUAUGAUGCACAAAACUCGUUUGCCAUCUCUAACGGUCAACGGGUUUCACUUGAGGACCGUCGGCGCGGAUAAAGACGACUGCGCUUCCAUACCCAACAAGAUCGAGGCGAUCUUCUCGGUACGACUUGUACCGAAUCAAACUGUCGAGAGAACUUAUCAGCAGUUCAAAAACUACAUCGACAAUAAGUGGCAGCAAUUCCAGAUUGCAAACAAACAUAAACUUGAGAUGACUAUUGGAUUCAAUCCUUGGCUGGAAGAUCCUGAAUCGGAACAUUAUAAAGCAGCAGCGGCUGCAAUCCAAACUGUUUAUAACAGAGCGCCGAAAUACGUGUCGGAAGGCAGUACACUGCCCGUUGUUUCGAUUUUUGGGACAUUUUGUCCAGCAAGCAGUAUUAUUGUUAUUCCAAUCAGUGGCUAUGAUGAUGGCAACCAUUCUAGUGCAGACUCAAUCUCUGUAUCAGAUUAUUGCCAAGGUAUUAAAGUGAUUAUUGCUUACAUGUGUGAAAUUUAUGAGUUAACUUUCAAGUAAAUUCUAUUUUUUUAAUAAAUAAUAAAUAGUCAAUACCAACAAAUGAAUAAUAAAUACCAAAUAAAUAAUAAAUGUGCAUCUGUGAAUGAAAUAGAUUCAAAUAUUACUAUUUCAAUGGGCUACA